GAGUAGUGCGUGGCUGCUCGACCCAUCGAUCUGCUCCCACUCGUUCAUCAAUAAUCCUUUAAUUCGUCAGGUUCCUUCAGUUCUUGACAAUGUCAUUUAGCGGCAUUCCUGCUGAUGGUGGAAGCUCAUCAACCGACGAUUUCGGUAAACAAGCGUCACACACGUUCAACUCCUUCAUGAUCUAUGCCGUAGUUAUUGGGAUAAUCAGUCUCGGAGCGACCUGCCUGAUAGUCUACUUGGUCUACCGAUGCUUCCGCAAGAACGGCCUCCCGUCCAUCAACGUCAAGACGACCAGCACCGGCCGCGACGGCGGCGCGGGCGAGCCGCCGUCGCUGCCGGACUCGGUGAUCCGGAGCACCACCAUCGAGAACUUCCUCAACGAGAUCGCCCGCGAGAAGCCCGUCCGCUUCAGCGCGCAGCAGCUGGACGGGUACACGCAGCGCCGCGCGGCGGAGCUCGGCGCCGGCGGCUUCGGCGCCGUGUACAAGGGCAUGCUCCCCAACGGCCUCGACGUCGCCGUCAAGGUGCUGCACGAGCACAUGGGCGGCGAGGUCACGGAGCAGCAGUUCAUGGCGGAGGUGGGCACGCUGUGGCGGACCAACCACGCCAACCUCAUCCGCCUCAUCGGCUUCUGCUCCGACGCCGACGGCACCCGCGCGCUCGUCUACGAGUUCAUGCCCAACCGCUCGCUCGACAGGUUCCUCUUCGACGACCGGAGCCGCGCCGCGGCCGUCGGCCCCGCCGCGCUGCUCGCCGUCGCCGCCGGCGUCGCCAGGGGCCUGCGGUACCUCCACGAGGAGUGCCAGAAGAAGAUCAUCCACUACGACGUCAAGGCCGGCAACGUGCUCCUCGACGGCGCGCUCACCCCGAAGCUCACCGACUUCGGGGUGGCGCAGCUGCUCAGCCGCGCCGCCACGCACGCCUCCGUGCACGGCGCGCGGGGCACCCUCGGGUACAUGGCGCCCGAGGUGGUCCGCGUCGGCACGGCGGCGCCGGUCACCGAGAAGUGCGACGUCUACAGCUUCGGCAUGCUGCUGUUCGAGGUGGUCGGCCGGAGGAAGAACAUGGACAACAACGCGGCGGCGGCGGGGGACGACAGCGGCGGCCUCGACGGGUGGCUGCCGCUGAUUGCGUGGACCAGGUACGAGCGCGGCGAGCUGAUGGACCUCGUCAGGGAGUGCCACGCCGUGGCGGCGGCGGACGAGGAGCAGUGGAGGGAGGCGGCGGAGAGGAUGUGCAAGGUGGCGUUCCUGUGCGUGCAGCAGCGGCCGGAGGAGAGGCCGGCGAUGAGCGUGGUGGUGAGCAUGCUGGAAGGGCACUCCGACGUUCCUGCGCCGGCGUUUCCCUUCGGUUGGAUGAACCCUGGACCUCCCACUAAAGGCGCCUCAUCAUGGUCGUCUUCUUCCGCUUCCGGAAGCGAUCUCAUCAUCUCGGUGCAGAAAUGAACCCAACCCCCGAUAUGUCCAUUUUAUUUAUUUAUUUAUUUAUUUUGAGGCUAGAAUUGUAUUCUAUUAUCAAAGUUUUAUUAGGCUAAUCCCAGUUCAAAGUUUUAAUACACGAUUACGAAAAGUAACACGUCAUCAAAAGACUUUUGAAACUAUGGAUGAAAUGGGGUCUUCCAA